CUCGACUAUUGUUCCACGUUGAUCUCCGCUGUUGCCGCCAACCCCAGGAGGCCUCCCGAGUUCAACCACGAGCUGUAGCUGAUUACCUCGCCAAUACACAGGCUUGCUACCUCUGGCGUUGUCUUUUCCCUCGAGCCGCAACUCAGCAGAGUUACAAAGUCAUUGCUCCCGCUCCCCAUUCCCCACUCUCCCUCGCUCCUGUUUGCCCUUAGCCGCGUUGAUCGAUCCCUUUCCACCCGCUUGUCGGACCAAUAUUGACCCCACCACAGCCGAGCUCUAGCCUGCCUCCACCCUCGGCCACACCAUGUCGUGCCUCUCGAUUGCUGCCUGCGGCGGAAACAAGAACAGGCCGAACCUGGAUGAGUUCUCGGACAUUGGCCUCUCGGACGACGAUCUGCUCGAGUCAGACUCGCCGUACCUUGUUCUGCUGAGCAAGUUUGCUGUCAAACCGUUCUUUGGCGUGCCCAACGACUCGCCCGCCGUCCGCUCGGCCGCUUUUGGCUGCGCCGACGAUGCCAACACCGCUUUUCGCUCUGAGAUGCAGGACGUGACGGUUGUCGAGCCGUCGUUUGGACCCGACGGCUCGCGGUCGCUCGUCGCUGUUUUCGACGGCCACGGCGGCGCCGACGGCUCCAAGCUCGCCUCGGACUUUGUGGUUCAGGCUGUGGGCAACGAGAUCGGCCGGCGCGAUCCGCGCGAGAUCUUCGAGGACGCCUUCACCGCUUCGGACAUGGUAUUUGAGGGCGACUCAGUCAUGUUCCAGGGCACUACCGCCCUCGUCGUCGUCCUCGAGCGACUCGGCGACGUCAAGCUGUUGCACCUGGCCAAUGUUGGUGACUCGCGCGCACUCCUCGCCUCCACCACCUCGGACCCGAUGAUCAUUCACCCACUGCACACGCCCGACAACGCCGUCGAGGUCGAGCGCAUCACCACGUCCGGCGGCUUUGUGGCCCGCGGCAAGGUCAACGGUAUGGUCUCGGUCACCCGCUCACUCGGCAACCUGCCUAUGAAGGAGAUCGUCCUCUCCGACCCGUUCGUCACCACCAUCACUCUCACGGGCACUGAAACAUGGCUUGUCCUUGCCUGCGACGGCGUCUACGACGUCAUGAGCCCCGAGUCGGUUGUCGCCGCCUGCUCCCGCGCUGCAUCGGCUCAGCAAGCCGCAGAGGCCGUCGUCAAGGAGGCCAUCGACCUCGGCUCCACCGACAACGUCUCGGUCAUUACUGUCAAGCUCAACGCAGAGGUGUAGUAUUCUCGCAGGCUGGUGAAGGAAAAAUGAACCGCGUGUUAUCCUA